AACUUUCUAUCACAAUUUCACAUAGGAAUUUAGAGGGCCGGAACUGAAGCACAUGCACUGGGUGAUUCGGCUGCUAGAGCUCAAAGUUGAACCCAUCUUAGGGUUUAUUCGGGCUUCCCUUGGAUUGAACUGCACCAAGCAGCAUACAAGCCCGCCAGAAUACUUCAGAUUCCAAUCAAUGGUGUUUCUUUUUGUAGAUUGAUUCGUGUUUUUUUUUUUUUUUUUCUUGCUCGAGAUUGUUACUCGUACAGUUAUCGUGAUUCGGUUCUGUUAAUAUGGUGCACUGAAGGCUGCGGAGUAGAAAUCAUCUUGUACUCAAUAUCUCAAUAGCUGAGCUUCAAAGGUUUUGGCUCUUAAAUUGAUCAUAUAUCUCAAAAGAAUGGUCUCCAAAUAUUCUACAAAGUUUUUGAAUAUUUGUGUCGCUUCAUUCUGUAAAUCUCAGCAAAUGCAGAAAGCUGAAGAUGUAAUAAUAGAUGGCAUAAGGUUAGGAGUUCUCCCGGAUGUAGUGACUUACAAUACAUUGAUUGAUGGAUAUUGUCGAUUUAGUGGCGUGGAUACUGCUUAUUCAGUUCUUUAUAGAAUGAGGGAAGCUGGUAUAAGCCCAGAUGUCAUUACUUAUAAUUCUUUGAUAGCUGGGGCAUCCAGGAAUCGCUCAUUAGAACAGUCCCUUGAUUUGUUCGAAGAAAUGCUUCAAUCGGGUAUCACUCCUGAUAUAUGGAGUUACAACACUUUGAUGCACUGUUUAUUCAGAUUAGGAAAGCCAGAUGAAGCCAAUCGAAUUUUCAAGGAUAUCAUACUUAAGGGCCUCUCUCCUCAUCCCGUUACAUUUAAUACUAUGAUUAACGGCCUUUGUAAAUAUGGGUAUACAAGUAAUGCCAUUAUGUUAUUCAGAAAUUUACAGCGUCACGGAUUCGUUCCUCAAUUAGUUACAUAUAAUAUUCUUAUUAAUGGUCUUUGCAAGGUGGGUAGGAUGAGGGCUGCUAGGAGGAUGCUCAAUGAGGCCAUGGAUUCAGGUCUUGAGCCUAAUGCUGUAACAUACACUACAUUGAUGAAAAGCUGCUUUCGAUGUAGGCAAUAUAAACAUGGAUUUGAGAUUUUUUUUGAGAUGAAAAACAGAGGAUAUGCGUUUGAUGGAUUUGCCUACUGCACAGUUAUUGGUGCUUUUCUUAAGUUAGGUAGGUUUGAAGAAGCAAAUGUUUGCAUGGAACAAAUGAUAAAAAAUGGUUUGGGAUUUGAUUUAGUUUUCUAUAAUACUUUUAUUAAUUUGUACUGUAAAGAAGGUAAGUUGGAGGCUGCAUAUAAGAUGCUGGAUGAGCUAGAGUCACAGGGACUAGAAUACGAUGACUACACACAUUCUAUAAUAACUGAUGGGUUGUGCAGGAAUGGUAAUAUUGAGGGGGCCUGGCGACAUUUGAACUACAUGUAUACAACAGGUUUUGUUUCAAACUCGGUAGCCUUAAAUUGUCUAAUUGAAAGGUUGGGUAAGGCUGGACAGAUUGACCAUGCGAUGAAAUUGUUUGAAUCAAUGGAAAUAAGAGAUUCGUUUGCCUAUACAUCCUUGGUGCACAAUCUUUGCAAGGCAAGGAGGUUCCGUUGUGCGUCAAGGUUAUUAAUUUCGUGUAUAAAAGGUGGCAUGAAGGUUCUCAAGUCCACACGACGAACAGUUAUUGAUGGUCUUAUUUCUUCAGGGUAUACAAGUGAAGCAGGGAAGGUCAGAUCAAAAUUACGAAUGGCUCGACUCUUUCACUGAUUAUCUGGGUUUGAAUGUUGCACUAGAUCAGAAAUUACUUCAACUUUGAAAAUCAAUUUAUUUUGUUCAUGGGCAACGCAAGCAUCAAGUACCAUAAGGAUGUUUGAGAAAGCCAUCACAAAUCAUCUGAAGAAAUCUAGACGAAAAAACCAUGGGAUGAAAACUAGCCAAUUGUUUUGAAUGAUUGGCUACUCAUGGAAGAUGAAAUAUUGGCAAUGUGAGGGUAGCUCAGAGAGUUCAGCCUCAACAGAGGCCCUCGUUGAUGAUUAUCGCGCUAUUUUAUGACUGAUGAGCUGGUUCUACUAUUAUUGUUCAUAACUUGGAGAUGCUAGCUCAGAACAGAUUAAAAGGGCCUGCAUGGAAAGAGUGCCAUCCAGACUUGAGUGGCAAUGAUCCAGACUUCACGAAUGGCUGCAUGUUCAUUAAUGAAGUCUAUGAGGUGCUUUGUGAUCAAUUGAAGUGGAUGGUUUAUGAUGAAGUUCAUGGAUAUGCUUUGACUUGAAUCAACAACCCUUUCAUGGAUGAUUCAAGAGGUCUCGCUUUUGUUGAUGAAUUCAGCUGGAUAGGUAUGUCUUAUGUGAGUCUUUACCUAGUUUAUAGUACCCACACGCUUCGGUUGAUGUUACCGUAAUCUUUUCGUGAUGUGUUCUCGUCGUGACACAAUGGACUUGGCAGCAUCAGGCAAAGAGAGGUAAAGGUCAUAUAUUUGCAAAUUGCUAUGAAAUAUUGGUGUCUUGAGAGGCUGCAUUAUAUUUUGCCAAAACUCAUGAUUUGUACCAUGAUAACAUCUUACACAAGAAUCAUUAGAAGUGGCAUAUUCUAA